AUGUUACAUUGGAGACUUUGUAAUUAUUUUCAAAAUAUCAAACACAUAGUGAAUGGUGAUCAUGGAUCUGUUAAUUCAGCCUUAUUAAAAAAAUGGAAUAAAAGGGAAUUGGUAUUUAAUCAAACAGAAUUGGGAAUAUCUUUUGGUGGAAUUGUGUAUGAAAUAGUUACGGCACAACGACCAUUUGUUGACCAAGCACAUGAUACUUCUUGGUGA